UUAUCUAGUUUAAAUGUACACAAAGUAGAAACACGCAUAAGAUAACCGUACAGGUCAUAGAGGACGUGGAAUCGUUUUACUUAUUUACAAACGAAACUUGCACGACAUAUUUUAAAGAAAAAUUAAAAAUUGAUAGCACGUUUUAAAGGAAUUGAAAUCGAUAAAUUGAAGUUGCGACAAUAACGUGUUUUUUAUUAUACUUGGAAAAAUGGUUAAAAGUAAUGUUAGAAAAAGUGGAUAUAUUUUCGAGUAUCGAUUAGCAUUUCUUGGCGGUAAAGCCACUGGUAAGACAUCCGUUAUCAAUCGUUUUUUAAGCGAUACGUUUACACAUCGAUAUCGGCCAACAAUCGAAGAUCAUUUAACGCAUAUCAUCGAUCAUAAUGGCAACAUGUGCGUGUGUUUAAUCGUCGACACUAGCGGUUGUCGCGAUUUUCCGGCAAUGCGGCGAUUAGCGAUUACGAAAGGGAACGCUUUUCUCGUUGUUUACUCGAUAAAUGAUCGACGUUCGUUUGACGAAGCUAUCGAGACAGUUAACGAAGUUAAGCGUUUAAAACCAGAAACAGAAGAUGUAAAAAUAAUAAUAAUUGGAAAUAAAAAUGAUUUAGAACAUGAAAGAGAGGUUGAACGACACGAGGGCGAGGCUCUUGUCAAAAGCAUUAAUAACAAUAACGUGUCUUCAAUGUUUAUGGAAUGCAGUGCCAAAAAUAAUCAAAAUAUUGACAUCGUAUUUACCAAUAUGUUAAAUAUGUUUAUACCCGAACAGUCUGUUCCGGAAAGUAUCACACCUGAGAGAAGUGCAUUUACGAGGAUAAGUUUAAGGAAAAAGUCGAGAAAAAAUCGUCUGCAAAAAUCAAACCCAACCGAAUCGCUGAGUCAGCAGAAUACAAAUUUCUCGAGUGACACAAACUUGUCCAGGUCAGACUACAAUGUCGGUCAGCUUUUAAGGUCAUCUUCGGUAGCAUCAAGCAUGGGUUAUGAAAGUAGUGACAGUGAUGGGUUAUCGAGUCAAAGAAGUAAAAGUUUGUCAAAAAACGAAUUAAAAAGGCAAAACACGGCGAAAGAUAUACUUAAAAGAACAUUUGGAAGUAUGCAAAAGUUAAUUCGACCAGAACAAGAAAUAAAAAGAUCGAACACUUUGGAUCCAACUCAUUCUUUAAUCAAACAUAAACAGACAACCAUUUAAAAAUUUUAUAACCGAAAAAAAAUUGUCUUUCAAAAAACUUAUUGACAAAUGCUUUCAUAUUUAUUAUUAUGUUUUUUUUUUUACUUGACGUGUUUCGUUUUUAAAACGUGUUGUAUGUCCAAAAAGUACUAAGCACUAAGUUGGUGUAGCGACAUUUAUUUAUUUUUUGAAUUUUAUGAAUUAGAAAUGUUUUUGUGAUAUUUUAUAAAGAUGUAUUAUAAAGUAUUGUAUUAUUGAAGUAAAGUGUGAUAUAUUAUUAUUAUUAAA